AAAUCGACGAAGUUAUGAUGCAUUUUGCUAAAAGUCCAACAAUUCCGAUAGAUUAUUUUUAUUACAUGUUUAUGUCCAUACCAGAUUGGCGAAAUUAUAACACAAUAGAAAAGAUGGAAAUCCAGCGUGAUGCGCAAAAAUUAAUUAAGGAUGCGACAAAAAUCGAAGCACCUACGGAAGUCGAAGACUUGGAUGGUGCGAAAUUUAAUCUGUCAGAACAUGAAAAUAUAAGAAAAGGAUAUGUAACAAUAGAUCGCAUAAGAAGCUUAAUCAUAAAGGAAAUGAUUAAAGAUCAAACCACAGCAGAGCAUAUAGGAUAUUUCGAGGAUCGUCCAUUUAGAUGUCGCCUAUUAGCAAUGCACAGAACUCUUAAAAAUCCACUUAAUAUUAUAUUAGAAGCUAAAAUUAUUAAGGUCAACGACGCCGAUAUUUGUCAACUAAUGGAUUCAAAAAGGAAUCAUAUCAGAUACAGAAGAGUAUCAGGCGUUUUUUGGAGAGAUAACCCUGAUAACAAUAAAAUGGAUGAGACACUAGCUUCUGAGUUAGGUUUGGAAGAAGAGGUAUAAGAAUACAUUUUUUUACAGUACUAUUGGUAUUACAUUUAAAUAUUUUUUGUAUACUGCACUAAUAUUUACGUUGUCGAUACAUUUAAUGUAUUCAAUAAUAAAGAGUUUC